AUGGGCAGGUCGCGACGAGCUGGACGCAAGGUCCAGCUCAGACGCAUAGCGAGAGCGUACUCCACCCCUGGGGUCUUCGACCCCAGGGUCUUUGACAGGCCUCUAGAGCCUCCCAACCCAUCGCUCCCGCCUCCUCCCCCUUAUCCGCAUCCCCGGGUAAGAGCCACCCUGCCCCAACCCCCUGCAGGAGUCAAGGGAUCACCCCCAGCAGCACGGUCAAACCGCCCGUCCUGCCCGAGCCUCCCUGACCCCUGCCCGAUCAGGACUUGGGCCCCACGGAGGCCCAUCACCCCGGCACCCAGGCCACCGGUGGCGGCAUUGGCGACGGCACCUCCAGCCCAGGCGCCUAAACAAGCGACGAAGCCCCCGCCCGGACCGAAGGCCCCCAAAGCUACCCUCGCUCCGAGACGGACGAAGCCCUGCAUCGUCCGGAUUGAGGCCCUACCGCAGAGGAUACGGAUCUGCAGGCGUCCCAAGAAGGCACCACAGGGGACCAGGGACAUGCCCUCCCUGGGCUAG